AUGACAGCAAUCUUCCAAGCCGCACAAGAAAGAGCAACUACCGGUGCCAUGCGACGUGCAGGAGUGUCGACCAAGAAACCAACCAAGGUUGCUCCAGUCAACGCACCUAUUUGUACCGCAAAGCAGAUUGAAAGUCCUCCCACAAAGAAGAUUGAAAGCCCCACAAAGCAGAUUGAAAGCCCCACAAAGAAGAGUGCUGAAAGUCCCAAGAAGAAGAAGAAGUCUCUGAUGGCUGCUUUCAUUGCAUCAUACCUCAAGGGAGCCGAGAUGCGGGCGACAACUGGAGCACGUCGCCGUCGUCGUUGA